AUGUCGGCGCCGUCGGAGGAGGAGGAGUACGCGCGGCUGGUGAUGGAGGCGCAGCCCGAGUGGCUGCGCGCUGAGGUGAAGCGGCUGUCGCACGAGCUGGCCGAGACCACGCGCGAGAAGAUCCAGGCGGCCGAGUACGGGCUGGCGGUGCUGGAGGAGAAGCACCAGCUCAAGCUGCAGUUCGAGGAGCUCGAGGUGGAUUACGAGGCCAUCCGCGGCGAGAUGGAGCAGCUCAAGGAGGCAUUUGGACAGGCGCACACGAACCACAAGAAGGUAGCCGCGGACGGCGAGAGCCGGGAGGAGAGUCUGAUCCAGGAGUCGGCCUCCAAGGAGCAGUACUAUGUGCGCAAGGUGCUGGAGCUGCAGACGGAGCUGAAGCAGCUGCGGAACGUGCUCACCAACACUCAGUCGGAGAGCGAGCGCCUGGCGUCCGUGGCGCAGGAGCUGAAGGAGAUCAACCAGAACGUGGAGACCCAGCGUGGCCGGCUGCGGGAUGAUAUCAAGGAGUACAAGUUCCGAGAGGCCCGUCUGCUGCAGGACUACUCGGAGCUGGAGGAGGAGAACAUCAGCCUGCAGAAGCAGGUGUCCGUGCUCAGGCAGAACCAGGUGGAGUUCGAGGGCCUCAAGCACGAGAUCAAGCGUCUGGAGGAGGAGACCGAGUACCUCAACAGCCAGCUGGAGGACGCCAUCAGGCUCAAGGAGAUCUCGGAGCGGCAGCUGGAGGAGGCGCUGGAGACGCUGAAGACAGAGCGCGAGCAGAAGCUCAGUCUGCGCAAGGAGCUGUCCCACUACAUGAGCAUCAACGACUCCCUCUACACCAGCCACCUGCACGUCUCCCUGGACGGCCUCAAGCUUGGCGACGACGCUGAGGCUCUGGCCAACGGCUUCGAGCACGGCGGCCUGGCCAAGCUGCCGCUCGACAACAGAACCUCCACGCCCUCCAAGGACGGUCUCGCCCCGCCCUCCCCCAGCCUGGUGUCCGACCUCCUCAGCGAGCUCAACAUCUCCGAGAUCCAGAAGCUGAAGCAGCAGCUGGUGCAGCUGGAGCGGGAGAAGAUGGGCCUGCUGACGACACUGCAGGACACACAGAAGCAGCUGGAGCAGGCGCGGGGCGCCCUGUCGGAGCAACACGAGGAGGUGAGCCGCCUCACGGAGAACCUCAGUGCCCUGCGGCGCCUGCAGGCCGGCAAGGAACGGCGGACGGCCCUGGACAGCGAGAAGGAGCGGGACAGCCAUGAGGAUGGUGACUACUAUGAGGUGGACAUCAACGGCCCUGAGAUCCUGGCUUGCAAGUACCGCGCGGCCCUGGCAGAGGCCACUGAGCUCCGAGAGCAGCUGAAAGCCCUGCGCAGUGCACAUGAGGCUGGCGAGGCCCGGCACGCGGAGGAGAAGGGCCAGCAUGAGGCCGAGAGCCAGGCGCUCACCGAGAAGGUCUCCCUGCUGGAGAAGGCCGGCCGCCAGGACCGCGAGCUGCUGGCCCGGCUGCAGGCGGAGCUGAAGAAGGUGAGUGAUGUUGCGGGUGAGACGCAGGGCAGCCUGAGCGUGGCCCAGGACGAGCUGGUGACCUUCAGCGAGGAGCUGGCCAACCUCUACCACCACGUGUGCAUGUGCAACAACGAGACACCCACCCGCGUCGUGCUGGACUACUACCGAGAGGGCGCAGCUGGCGCCGGCCACGGCAGCCCUGAGGCCCGCGAGCGCCGCUCGCCUGUCCUGCCCAAAGGACCGCCGGCCGCGGAGGCUGGGGCCGGGGACAGCAGCCCUUCGCCCAGCCCUUCCCUGCCCUCGCCCCUGAGUGACCCACGCCGGGAGCCCAUGAACAUCUACAACCUGAUCGCCAUCAUCCGCGACCAGAUCAGGCACCUGCAGGCAGCCGUGGACCGCACCACGGAGCUGUCGCGGCAGCGCCUGGCCUCCCAGGAGCUGGGCCCUGCCUCGGAUAAGGACCGGGAGGCACUCAUGGAGGAGAUCCUCAAGUUGAAGUCUCUGCUGAGCACCAAGCGGGAGCAGAUCACCACGCUGCGCACGGUCCUCAAGGCCAACAAGCAGACGGCCGAGGUGGCCCUGGCCAACCUGAAGAGCAAGUACGAGAAUGAGAAGGCCAUGGUGACCGAGACCAUGAUGAAGCUGCGUAACGAGCUGAAGGCCCUCAAGGAGGACGCGGCCACCUUCUCCUCGCUGCGGGCCAUGUUUGCCACCAGGUGUGACGAGUACAUCACGCAGCUGGAUGAGAUGCAGCGGCAGCUGGCAGCCGCCGAGGACGAGAAGAAGACGCUCAACUCUCUGCUGCGCAUGGCCAUCCAGCAGAAGCUGGCGCUGACCCAGCGGCUGGAACUGCUCGAGCUGGACCACGAGCAGACCCGGCGGGGCCGCGCCAAGGCCGCCUCCAAGGCCAAGCCGGGCACCCCGAGCGUAAGUCACACCUGCGCCUGCGCCAGCGACAGGGCCGAGGGUGCCGGGCUCGCCACCCAGGUGCUCUGCGGCGAGAAGUAUAACAUUUACUGCGAUUAG